GAGCGGCCGCUGCGCUCCAGCCUGGGCGACAGGACGCACCUGCUCUCCAGACUGCCCAUCCCAGACGGCCAGGUGAUCACCAUCGACCCCGAGCUGCCCGCGGAGGCAGCCGCUGAGGACUACGCCAAGAAGCUGCGGCAGGCCUUCCAAGGGGAUUCCAUCCCGGUGUUUGACCUGCUGAUCCUGGGGGUGGGCCCAGACGGCCACACCUGCUCCCUUUUCCCAGAUCACCCUCUCCUGCAGGAGCGAGACAAGAUUGUGGCCCCCAUCACCGACUCCCCGAAGCCCCCGCCUCAGCGCGUGACCCUCACUCUGCCUGUCCUGAAUGCAGCCAGAACCGUCAUCUUCGUGGCGACUGGAGAAGGCAAGGCAGCCGUUCUGAAGCGCAUCCUCGAGGACAAGGAGGCAGACCCUCUGCCGGCCGCCCGGGUGCAGCCCCACGCCGGAAAGCUGUGCUGGUUCCUGGAUGAGGCUGCUGCGCGGCUCCUGACCGUGCCCUUCGAGAAGCACUCCACCUUGUAGCCGCGGGGUACGUCCUCCACACGCGGCUAGAGGGGCUGGGCCCUGCCGGCCGCCCACCCGGGCUCUGUCGAGAGAGGCCACAAGGCCACCAGCCCUCCCGGGCGGCCUGAGAUUAAAAGGAGCAUGGCCGGAA